AUGUCUUUUAAUGACGACCUCGACGAUGACGACACGCUCGUAUCCAGCCCGCGCAUCAAAUACGAAGGCGAAGACACGAGCCCUACUACCGAUCGCGAAUUGAAGGCUUGGUAUGCGUACCCAAUCGCAGCCGAAGUCUUCGCUGUAGUCGCAGUCGGCGCUUUCCUCCCAGUCAUCCUCGAGCAACUCGCACGAGAAAAUGGCGUCUUCUUCUCCGAUCACUCAAAGCCAUGUGUCGAUCAUACCGCAUCCGGAAAACUCCGGAUACGCGACGAUGCAGACCAGAAAGCCGGAGGAGACUCUGAGCAAUGCAUGGUGAGAUAUCUGGGGAGGGACAUGUCGACGAGUAGUUUCGCCAUGUACACGUUCUCUACGGCUGUAUUACUUCAAGCAGUGGUCUUGAUAUGUUUCAGUUCCUUCGCCGAUCAUGGCCCAUACCGCAAGAAGAUGCUCAUGUUCACAUCGUACAUGGGCUCACUAGCCAGCUGUCUUUUCAUCUUCAUCUCACCAUCACUAUACUACCUCGCUCCCAUUCUAGUCAUCGUCGGAGUUGCGAGUCUAGGCUGUUCAUUCGUCCUGCUAAACGCAUUUUUGCCACUGCUUGUCGCCAAUCAUCCAGAUAACAAUACGCUUGGGAAACCGUCAUCUUCCGACUCCGCAUCAGACGUCGAGCUGGAGUCACUGAACCCAGCCAAUGGACCAUCUUCCACGCACGCCCGCUUCGACCCCGAUCGGUUGAAGCGAGAUCUGGAACGAAGCGCGCAGAUCUCUAGUAAAGGCGUGGGAUAUGGCUACAUGGCCGCGGUCUUCGUCCAGAUCCUUAGUAUACUGAUCAUAGUUCUCUUCAACAAAACGGCUCUGUCGAAAACGUCGCCCAGUCUCUCCAUCCGUAUGAUUCUAUUAAUGGUCGGUCUCUGGUGGGCUAUAUUCUCCAUCCCAACACUGUUGUGGCUACGUCCAAGACCAGGUCCACCACUACCCACACAGACUACGCAGAGCUUUGCCGGAGGAAGGUCAUCGUCAAAGAUAAGAACGUUUUUGUUCUACACCUCCUUCUCCUUGCGCAGCUUCUACGGUACACUGCGAAGAGCCAUAAAGUUACGGCAGACGCUCCUUUUCCUGAUAUCGUGGUUCCUGCUGUCGGAUGCCGUGGCGACCAUCUCUGGAACGGCUGUCCUCUUCGCACGCACCGAGUUGCACAUGGGCACCAUUGCUAUCGCGCUGCUUUCCAUCACAUCUAUCGGAUCUGGCAUCGUAGGCGCUUUUGCAUGGCCGCAUGUGCAACGGCGCUUCGCACUACAGCCCAAGACCGUACUACUGUGUUGUGUAGCGGGCAUGGAGAUCAUCCCUCUCUAUGGCUUACUCGGAUACAUACCCAUGUUUAAGAGCUUGGGAUUCAUCGGUUUGCAGAAAGCAUGGGAGAUCUACCCCAUUGCAGUCAUUCAUGGGAUAGUCAUGGGUGGGAUAUCUUCUUAUGCGCGAUCUGUCUACGCGCCUUUGAUACCUGAGGGCAGUGAAGCGGCGUUCUUUGCGCUGUAUGCUGUCACGGACAAAGGUAGCAGUGCAUUCGGCCCAGCUCUUGUCGGGUUCAUCGUUGAUCAGGCGGCCACGAUACGCCCGGCUUUCAUCUUCCUGGCGGUCUUGGUGGUUUUGCCAGCACCGUUACUGUGGCGGUUGGAUGUGGAAAAAGGGAGAGAAGAUGCGCGCGCGAUGGCAGACGGAGAUGCCCAGGGACGUGGAACGUACGAGAGGGUUCGUGAAGAGUAA